AUGGGGGAACUGGAAGAGGAAAUGCCUUUUCCAGCUGGAGGCAAAGUGAUAUUUUCUGGUUUUAUGAAACCUAGCGAUUCUCAUGAAGACAAGCCUAUUGAUUCUCAUGAAGACACUCCAAAUUCUCAGAAAACCGAGAAGACUCUCCCUGAGUCUGUUGUUUCAGAUUCCAGUGACGAGGGAGUUGAUAUUCCUCAUUUUUUGCAACCUCUCCUAGGUAUGGACUUCAUGCCCUUUGUACAGUCGACUGGUAGUCGCGGAACCAUAUCAAAGAAUUCCCCUGAGCCAUCACCGAAAGGAGAAGUUCUUCAACCGAAUACAUCAGCCAUCGCCGUUGUGACCGAUGAGCCUCGUGAGGAGCAGAUAGCAGAAGAGGACCUGGAUGGUUAUGCCCAGGAGUAUGCAGAAAUUGUAAAGGCAGCCAAGAGAAAGAAAAAGAAGAAGAAACUGAUUCGUCUCAUCAGAAAAAGUCUUGGAGGCAAGAGUAAAGCAUCAUCCAAAUCGGAGGAAGAAGAUGUUGAACCAUCGGAAGAAGUCAACCUCAGCAUGUCCACUUGUGAAUCGUUUAGUCUUCAAAGUUUGGAUGGCGAUUGCGAUGAUGCUAGUGUCGUAACUUCAGAAUUCCUGAACUCAAGCAACCUUGACACAAGCAUUGACUGCAGCGUUUCGUCAACCACAAGCAAGAAGAAUACUGGACGGAGCUUCUUCAAGAGAAAAGGGAAGAAAUCGAAAGCAGCUUCAACCAAUAAUGAAACUUCGAUUGCGGCCCAUACUUCUGGUCACUCGGGUGCUGAAGGUACAUUGAAGUGGCUCAAGACCCAGCAAAGUUGUAUGCAAAAUCACCAAUCUGAAAUGAACCAAGUCCAGUCUGAUAUGCUAGCUCUUCAACAAAGGAGUAACGGAAUUCAAAAGCGUAUGUUCGCUGUGACAGAUGAGAUUGCAGCCUUGCAAAGUGCUUUACAGAUGGCAGAAAUGAAGUUGCGAAACGAAUUGAACGAUUUCGAAGCCACGAAAACGGAAAUGACACGGUUGGAAAAGUCAGCCGAAAUCGCUGCCAAGGCUGUUCUAGAAUCGUUCAAAACAAUUCAAAAUGGUCCUCCUGGUGAAUUCCAAAAUAUAGAGCCUCUAACGCCUUCUCACGCUGCUGAUGCUGCCACUGCUCCAACUCCAAAGAUUGGUAACUCUGACUCCACUCGUCAAUUGGCAUCUUUUCAAGAACCUCAACUGGACUAUGAGAUCAAAGCAGAUGCAUUCAUGCGCGUACACGAUCUGAACAUCGAAAACAGCAACACAAGUGACAAUCCUGGAUUUCUUUAUGUUGACGAUAACCUGAAGCCCAUCCUAGAAAAUCUAGCAAAGCUUGGUCUGGAUAAUAUCAGAGACGAAUCGGAAAGAUUCAAGGCCACACGUGACACCAAAAAGACGCUUUCAAAGUAUGAGGAAAACGGCACUGCGACCAAUUCUGUGCAAGGAAAAGAUGUUCUUGUGUGGAUGGGAGACUGCGGCCACAAAAACCACGGAUGUAGGUGGCCAGUUGUCAAGGCAAGAGGCCUGAUCCAAACGUCGCCAAAGGAGCUGACCGAGUUCAUGUUGGAUUCUUCGCGUAUCAAGGAGUACAACGAAAUGUCACAAGGACGAGAUGACGUUGUCGUUUUUCAGCAAGAUCUACACACCUCAGCUGAGGAAAGCGCGAUUGGUCUUCCUGGGGCCAUCAAAGUUUUGAGAUCACGAAACAAGCCAAAACUUCUGCCGAAGGCCAUCGAAAUCACGUCCCUCAUGUAUGCGAAGCCUUUAGAGGAUUGCCCAGGCGCAUACAUGAUUGUAAAUAGGUCAAUAUUUGACGAUGCCGAAGGAACAUUGAUAAACGACAAGGAAAAAAUUACGAGUGAAAUGCUGCUUGGUGUGAAUCUCAUUCGCCCAGCAGAAGACGGCAAGACUGGCAAUACUGUGAGUGAAUUCAACUCAAUUACUCAUAUUUACCCGCCUGGCGUUCCUGAGUUUUUGGCCAAAAAGGUAGCGCCAGCAUCUGCAACAAACAUGAUCAAAGAUAUUCAGAAGCUUUUUGAUUAG